AGCUGACGAUGUGCACUAAGACCUACAUGUACCUGUUUCUGUCUCUGUUGCUCUGUUUUGGAGCCUCCGAGGGAAAGCAGGACUUUACUGUGAACGUCAACAGUGACGGCACCUACAACGUCGUUGUUCAGGGAGAUGUGUGGCUGAAGAGCGCUUCCACCUUCUUCAGAGCUGAUGGUCAAGUGUUCUCCUCUGCUGAUGGAUCUCUGAAGCUGGUCAAGAACACUCAGUCCAGUGGUGUGGACGUCAUCGGGCAGUGGGAGGCCAACAGCUUCUUGUACCAGGCAGGGUCCAGUCAGAUCGAGGCCAGCUUUGUACAGUACACACCAGAUCCAAGCAUAUUUACUUACAACAAUCCGGCCUUACCGUUCAUGUUGUUCAAACAGCGUUACAUCAAUGGAGCAAACAACACCGCCUCCAACAGAACUGACUUCACCAUUUCUGGCUUUCCUGGAUUUCUAAUUCAAGAUUCAUCCAUUCCGCUGGGAUACCUAAGUUAUGGAGGAUCUCAGGGUGGUAGUAUUGGUCUCAGUGUUGGGCAAUGGGGACCAUCAUCGUUGGAAAUCGACGAUGGGAUUGAAGGUGGACCCCUGACUUUAUUUGAUCGAGUGAAGACUGCAAAUACACUGAUUAUCUCCCCUGCCAGUCGAUUUAUGUCGUCAUCAAUAUGGCGUCAGAGGUCCAGCACCGGCGGGGACAAUGUCUACUGGGGGACGAUGGGAGGAGUUGAAGAUGUCCCUGUUGGCGUUGAAACCAGUUUUAUUCUUUUCUGCGGUAACCAAGGUAUUAACAAGGCCUCUGUAAGCUGGGGUCAGAUCUUACAACAGUGGCAUGGCCGUACAGAUCAAUAUAUGAAGUCCGACUUUACCAUAAACUACUUAGGGUACUGGACGGACAAUGGGGCGUAUUACUACUACCGGACGGAGAAAGGAAAGAACGACCAAGACACAAUGUUGGAUAUCAAGAGCUACAUGGGGCAGAUAGGGGUACCCGUCAGGUACAUUCAGUAUGACGCAUGGUGGUACUACUGGGACAAUGAUCAUGGUGUUGUGACGUGGUCGGCGCAGCCAAAAAUCUUUCCAAAUGGAAUGCAGUGGCUUUAUAACAAGACACAGUAUCCCGUCGUGGCCCACAGCAUGUACUGGUCCAGCAACACAACCUACGCAACUGCAAAUGGAGGAAAGUAUGAAUUCGUCAUCGAUGGUCCAAAGGCCAUUGCCACUGGAAGAGAGAUUCUGGACCGAUUGGCUCGCCGAUGCAAGAAAAUGGGGUCCGUUUGUUUACGAACAGGAUUAUCUCGGUACUGAAUUUCAAGGGGGUCAAUAAGCUUCUGACUGACAUUGACCUUGGCCGCCAAUGGUUGACUCAGAUGGGCAAUGGGGCUGCCAAGAACGGACUGACCAUCCAGUACUGCAUGUCAUUCC